UUGCGUUUGCAGUGUUAAAAAAGGAAAACGGAAGGUGGUUUUGUUUCCAUCAAAUCAAAUGCAAUCCAACCCUAUAUAUAAGCAUUCAAUACCUGCGUGUUCUUUCGGGCUUUCAUCACCGAAAGUAACGGAGAGAUUUCCUUAACCAGAAACUCCAAAAUACCCCCAACCCCCUACCAAUCAGUUUCAACUAUGUUGCAGAGAUCCAGACGGCGUUGCGAGGGCACAGCCAUGGGCGCUAUCGUUCUCGAUCUACGACCCGGUCUCGGUAUCGGACCCUUCUCCCUCGGAAUGCCUAUAUGUGAAGCAUUUGCUCAGAUAGAGCAGCAGCCUAACAUAUACGAUGUGGUGCAUGUGAAGUAUUAUGAUGAGGAGCCUCUGAAGUUGGAUAUUGUUAUAAGCUUUCCGGAUCAUGGGUUUCAUCUCCGUUUCGAUCCCUGGUCUCAGAGACUGCGACUUAUUGAAAUAUUUGAUGUAAAGCGGCUUCAAAUGCGCUAUUCCACUUCCCUCAUUGGGGGACCGUCGACUCUAGCUACUUUUGUUGCUGUAUAUGCACUUUUUGGGCCCACAUAUCCUGGAAUUUUUGAUAAGGAUAGAGGCAUUUACACACUAUUCUAUCCGGGGCUUUCCUUUGCAUUUCCUAUUCCAAGUCAGUUUACAGACUGCUGUCACGACGGGGGAGUGGAAUUGCCAUUGGAGUUUCCAGAUGGGACCACACCAGUUACAUGCCGUGUUUCUAUAUAUGAUAGUUCCUCCGGUAAGAAGGUUGGUGUGGGGUCCUUAAUGGAUAAGGCUUCUGCUCCGCCAUUACCUGCUGGCAGCAUUUACAUGGAAGAGGUUCUUGUCAAGCUGGGGGAAGAAUUGUACUUCACUGUUGGCUCUCAACACAUUCCUUUUGGUGCUUCUCCACAGGAUGUGUGGACUGAGCUAGGUCGUCCCUGUGGCAUUCAUCAAAAGCAGGUAGAUCAAAUGGUUAUUCAUUCUGCCUCAGAUCUUCGGCCACGAACAACUCUUUGUGGAGAUUACUUCUAUAAUUAUUUUACUCGUGGUCUGGACAUCUUAUUUGAUGGGCAGACUCACAAAAUCAAGAAGUUUGUAUUGCAUACCAACUACCCUGGUCAUGCUGAUUUCAAUUCUUACAUUAAGUGCAACUUUGUUAUCUAUGGCUCAGAUUCAGUUGGAGGAUCUUUUCAGGAAGUAAAUAACAGCAAACAGAGGGCUAUUACACCUAGCACAAAAUGGGAACAAGUGAAGGAAAUACUUGGGGAUUGUGGGCGAGCGGCCAUUCAAACACAAGGCUCUGCAAGUAACCCUUUUGGUUCUACUCUUGUAUAUGGUUAUCAAAAUAUAGCCUUCGAGGUUAUGAAGAAUGGUUAUAUUGCAACUAUAACUCUCUUCCAGUCAUGAUGAUGCACGGACAUCUACAAAUUUAAUGACGAGGUGGUAAGUGGAGAGCUCAUGUGGUUCCCAUUAUGCCAUUCGGUUCGGUUUGUGUGGAUCAAAAGGUGGUCAAAUCAGCCCAUUUCACCCGUAAAACAUUGUCGUGUGACUGUUUUAAAGGAAAUAUAUCAUGUGCCAGUCAUGUGAUUGUUUUCAGGGAGAGGGAAAUGGAACAUUUGAGACCACCUUUUAAAGCAUGUUUGUUUGAGAUUCUAUUCGCACACAGAGGUUCACGCGUUUUCUGAGGUAAAUACACGCUCUUUGGGAGCGAUUCACUGUGAAGAAAAUGGUCUUUUUUUAUCAACUCUCGGUGGUGGUUGAAAGAACUUAAAACAAACAUGCUGUUAGUCUAUGCAGACAAAGUGGUGGGGGGCCACAGCAGCACUGAAUGAAUGGAUGUCUGACAAAAGUGGUCAUUGAUGGAGACUCAAUGAGAAGCAUUUGCUAAUUUUAAGGAUCCAAUUAGAAUCUUUUUAUACUCUCGAAGGACUAAUUCAAAAGGUCGUCAAACCUCUAGGGAUCAACAUAUUAAACAUAUUUAUUAUAGUUGAUAACACGGAGUUUUGAGUUUUUGUGCAUUGCCGGGGCUUUUGGUUGCUCUUAAUCUCUCUC